AUGGCCAACGGGGCGGCUGGGCGACGGCGGCAAGGCGCCGGCCAGGUGAGGCGUGCGGUGGCGUGCGCAAGCUGCAGCGGUGGAGGUGGUGGCGGGGUCGCGCGGUGCGUUGGGGCCGGCCAUGGCGCGGCCAGCAGGGGGGUCCGGGAGGCGCGGCAGUGGCGGCGAGGGACGAAGCAGGGGGCCAGGCAGUGGCGGAGUGGCGAGCGGGUGAGCGGACGCGCGAGCAACGGCGGGGGGGGGGUGGUGCGGCAGCGGUGGAGGCAGGACGACGGGCAGCGCGAAGGGGAACGGGCGCCGGGCGAACGGCCGCGGCCGUGCGUGCACGUGUGGGCGGGAGAGACGGGGCGCGGGGGCGCGGCCAUGGGCGUGUUCAGGGGCGCCGGGGCGAGGCGAGGAUGCGGUGAGCGCGGUCAGCGCGCGUACGAGGCGGUGGUCCGAGGCGUGCGCCGGCGCGGUGAGCACAUUCGGGGCCCGGUCGGCGAGUCUGCACGGCGACGGAGGGGAAGAGGAGGAGGGAAGGCGGAGGCCGAUGGCCUCACCGGCGUUGCAGGGGCACAAGGCGGCGAGGGUUGGUGA